UUGUUUCUGUCAGUGCGGUUUUGACUGAGGCACCAAAUAGUAAACCGGAUGUUGUCCGAGCCUCAAAGAUGGCGCUCCACAUGUAACGGUGAAUCCUGAAAAGAUCCCGAAUUAAACAGUAUGUUUUAGCAGUUAGAAGAUUAUAUGACUUCCCCUGGUAGUAAAUAAUAUAACUAAGUUUAUUAGUUAAACACCCGAGGAGGAGAGGAUGGCAUUGAGUGAUAUUUGUCGCAGUGCGCGUCUGGUUCUAGGUCAAACUCUACGAUGUCGUUCUCUGAUGUCUCCAAAGCAGACAGCUCGUUGUCUGAGUCAAGCAGCCACACAGCCGAAGCCCAGUGCGGAUGAAAAUGAAUCCGUGAAUCCGACCUUUGAGAACAGAAACCCCCGGAACCUAGAGCAGCUGGCUCUGGCGGUCAAGGACCGAGGUUGGAAGACCUCCUGGCCCCGCCAGGAAUUCUACCACAGGUUGGUCUUUUCUCGCACCCAGCACCAUGUGACCGCAGAAGUUUUUGCCAGCGGCUCCACAGACCCAAUUGUUUCCUGUUCAACCAAGGAGUGGGCGGUGAAGAAGGAGCUUCCCUCCACGAGCUGCGUGGCUGCGUGUCAAGCUGUGGGCGAAGUGCUGGCACAAAGAUGUCAGCAGGCGGGCAUCACCAGGAUGGUGUACAGGGCAAUACCAUGGACAUUUCGCUCUGAUGCUGUUCAGUUUUUCAGGACCGCAAUGAAAGAGGGAGGAAUAACCCUCAGUGAGCCCAGAAGAAAAUACAUUGGUACCUGAGUAUUAGUGGCAUCCAUCACUGCACCUCUUUUGUUAUGUUGUCUUAUUUUUCCCUUCCUGUUUAUUUUUUGCAAAUUAUGACUAUGCUGAUACUCACACAACCAUUACAAGACUCUAUGAAGAAAAUCACAAUGAUAAUAAAAUAGUUGUCUGUGGAGGAUUAAAUGUUUGUGAACAAAAUA